CAGGUUUUCGACAAGAUAGGAAAAGGUGCCUAUGGGUGUGUGUGGCAGGCUAAAAUCCUGGAAUCAAGCAAAGAAGUGGUGGUGAAGGUGGUGUGGCCCGAUGCCGACUUGGAUCCAGAGGACUCUCAAGGUGCUUCGCCUGGAAAUCAUAGACGUGAAGCGUUCAAGAAGGAAAUUCAGAUGAUGCAACGUGUGGGGCAGCACUCCAACGUAGUUGAGUUCUAUGGUGCAACGUCGGAUUGCACAGUGAUUGUGUUUGAGCAAGCUCUUGCAGACCUUCAUGAUAUCAUAAGGAAGCAGAAAAAGAGUCUGGUGCUCCCAAUGAUUGCGCGAUGCUGCAGAGAUGUUCUCAAAGGGGUCGAGUACUUGCAUUCCAUCCGAGUGAUGCAUAGAGACAUAAAGCCAGCAAACUUGUUGGUUUUCAAGGACAUGGUGGUCAAGAUCUGUGAUUUUGGUCUCGCACGUGAAUAUUCAGAAGGCGAGAACCGUGUGAAGAGCGAGAUGACAACCUUGUGGUACCGAGCCCCUGAACUUCUCAUGGGAUCCGAGACCUACAACUGCAGGAUCGACGAGUGGUCUGUGGGAUGCAUCAUCCUAGAGAUGCUUGCUGGGUCAUGUCAGACCAAAGGAAAGGUCGAGGAUGUUUGUAAGUGUCCUCUGCCGACUCAUUUCAACUACAAUGGGGAUCAGUUGGCAAAAAUCUUCAUGCUGGUGGGAACUCCAAGAGAUGAAAAGUUGUUGUCUCAAAUGCAAUGUCGAAACCAUUUUUCUUCUUGGCCAAAAUAU